GCUCGCUUGGUGGAAUUGGCGUGAUAUGCACAUCCAUGGUCGCCUCGCAGAUGUACAAUGCCGGUGACUGGCCGCCGCGAUGGCUACCAAGGCGAGCAGCGAGCGUGUCUUUGGCGGCCGCAGCAGUCGCGGCGGGGCUGUCUUGGAUGAGGAGCCGCGAGCUGGUGGGCCUCUUCGCCAUUCCCCAAUUCGAUCCGGAGGAGGCAAGUGCGCCUCCGCCUCCGAAAGCGAAGCCGGCUGCCAAAGCUCCAGCGCAAACCAUUUGA